AUGCUACAAGAGGGGACCAUCGGAGACACGCUCAUCCUCUUCCUCCAGUGCGCAAUCUUCACUGUCCUGAAGGUACGAGAGCUCUAUGCCCCUGCCAGCUUUGAGCGGCAGCGCCUGUUGGAACACGAUGUAUGGUGGAACACCUGUGUGGACGUCGAAGAUUACGUGGUCAAACUCGCCACGUCCCUGCGCUCGGCGAUCAACCGCGACCGGCUUAGCCGCCUCCUGCACCUUGGUGCUGAGGAUCGACGUGCUGGAAAAUGGUCAAGUCGCCGAGCGCUUCGCCAUCGAUUUGCCGCAAGAUCCACAGCUGCUGAUGGCCAAACCGCUGGACGAAGUCGUGAGCGCUUUCCGCUUGUCCCUUGUGAAACUGGAGAUGUCGGCAUCGGUGCUGCCUCCUGCACGACCGGGAGCGCGCUGGCGU